CGUGUGUGUGUGAGCGUGUCUGUGACAGGGUACGCGAGUGUGAGAGUGUCUGUGACAGGGUACGCGUGUGUGAGAGUGUCUGUGACAGGGUACGCGUGUGUGAGAGUGUCUGUGACAGGGUACGCGUGUGUGAGAGUGUCUGCGACAGGGUACGCGUGUGUGAGAGUGUCUGCGACAGGGUACGCGUGUGUGAGAGUGUCUGCGACAGGGUACGCGUGUGUGAGAGUGUCUGCGACAGGGUACGCGUGUGUGAGAGUGUCUGCGACAGGGUACGCGUGUGUGAGAGUGUCUGCGGCAGGGUACGCGUGUGUGAGAGUGUCUGCGACAGGGUACGCGUGUGUGAGAGUGUCUGCGACAGGGUACGCGUGUGUGAGAGUGUCUGUGACAGGGUACGCGUGUGUGAGAGUGUCUGUGGCAGAGUACGCGUGUGUGAGAGUGUCUGUGACUGGGUACGUGUGUGUGAGAGUGUCUGUGACAGGGUACGUGUGUGUGAGAGUGUCUGUGACAGGGUACGUGUGUGUGAGAGUGUCUGUGGCAGAGUACUCGUGUGUGAGAGUGUCUGUGACUGGGUACGUGUGUGUGAGAGUGUCUGUGACAGGGUACGUGUGUGUGAGAGUGUCUGUGACAGGGUACGCGUGCGUGAGAGUGUCUGCCGCAGGGUACGCGUGUGUGAGAGUGUCUGUGACAGGGUACGUGUGUGUGAGAGUGUCUGUGGCAGAGUACGCGUGUGUGAGAGUGUCUGUGACUGGGUACGUGUGUGUGAGAGUGUCUGUGACAGGGUACGCGUGUGUGAGAGUGUCUGUGACAGGGUACGCGUGUGUGAGAGUGUCUGUGACAGGGUACGUGUGCGUGAGAGUGUCUGCGACAGGGUACGUGUGCGUGAGAGUGUCUGCGGCAGGGCACGCAUGUGUGAGAGUGUCUGCCGCAGGGUACGCGUGUGUGAGAGUGUCUGUGACAGGGUACGCGUGUGUGAGAGUGUCUGUGACAGGGUACGUGUGUGUGAGAGUGUCUGUGACAGGGUACGCGUGUGUGAGAGUGUCUGUGACAGGGUACGCGUGUGUGAGAGUGUCUGUGACAGGGUACGUGUGCGUGAGAGUGUCUGCGGCAGGGUACGCGUGCGUGAGAGUGUCUGCCGCAGGGUACGCGUGUGUGAGAGUGUCUGUGACAGGGUACGCGUGUGUGUGAGUGUCUGUGACAGGGUACGUGUGUGUGAGAGUGUCUGUGACAGGGUACGUGUGUGUGAGAGUGUCUGCCGCAGGGUACAUGUGUAUGAGAGUGUCUGUGACAGUGUCUGUGACAGUGUACGUGUGUGUGAGAGUGUCUGUGACAGGGUACGCGUGUGUGAGAGUGUCUGUGACAGGGUACGUGUGUGUGAGAGUGUCUGUCGCAGGGUACGCGUGUGUGAGAGUGUCUGCGACAGGGUACGCGUGUGUGAGAGUGUCUGCGACAGGGUACGCGUGUGUGAGAGUGUCUGCGACAGGGUACGCGUGUGUGAGAGUGUCUGCGGCAGGGUACGCGUGUGUGAGAGUGUCUGCGACAGGGUACGCGUGUGUGAGAGUGUCUGCGACAGGGUACGCGUGUGUGAGAGUGUCUGUGACAGGGUACGCGUGUGUGAGAGUGUCUGUGGCAGAGUACGCGUGUGUGAGAGUGUCUGUGACUGGGUACGUGUGUGUGAGAGUGUCUGUGACAGGGUACGUGUGUGUGAGAGUGUCUGUGACAGGGUACGUGUGUGUGAGAGUGUCUGUGGCAGAGUACUCGUGUGUGAGAGUGUCUGUGACUGGGUACGUGUGUGUGAGAGUGUCUGUGACAGGGUACGUGUGUGUGAGAGUGUCUGUGACAGGGUACGCGUGCGUGAGAGUGUCUGCCGCAGGGUACGCGUGUGUGAGAGUGUCUGUGACAGGGUACGUGUGUGUGAGAGUGUCUGUGGCAGAGUACGCGUGUGUGAGAGUGUCUGUGACUGGGUACGUGUGUGUGAGAGUGUCUGUGACAGGGUACGCGUGUGUGAGAGUGUCUGUGACAGGGUACGCGUGUGUGAGAGUGUCUGUGACAGGGUACGUGUGCGUGAGAGUGUCUGCGACAGGGUACGUGUGCGUGAGAGUGUCUGCGGCAGGGCACGCAUGUGUGAGAGUGUCUGCCGCAGGGUACGCGUGUGUGAGAGUGUCUGUGACAGGGUACGCGUGUGUGAGAGUGUCUGUGACAGGGUACGUGUGUGUGAGAGUGUCUGUGACAGGGUACGCGUGUGUGAGAGUGUCUGUGACAGGGUACGCGUGUGUGAGAGUGUCUGUGACAGGGUACGUGUGCGUGAGAGUGUCUGCGGCAGGGUACGCGUGCGUGAGAGUGUCUGCCGCAGGGUACGCGUGUGUGAGAGUGUCUGUGACAGGGUACGCGUGUGUGUGAGUGUCUGUGACAGGGUACGUGUGUGUGAGAGUGUCUGUGACAGGGUACGUGUGUGUGAGAGUGUCUGCCGCAGGGUACAUGUGUAUGAGAGUGUCUGUGACAGUGUCUGUGACAGUGUACGUGUGUGUGAGAGUGUCUGUGACAGGGUACGCGUGUGUGAGAGUGUCUGUGACAGGGUACGUGUGUGUGAGAGUGUCUGUCGCAGGGUACGCGUGUGUGAGAGUGUCUGUGACAGGGUACGUGUGUGUGAGAGUGUCUGCCGCAGGGUACAUGUGUAUGAGAGUGUCUGUGACAGUGUCUGUGACAGGGUACGUGUGUGUGAGAGUGUCUGUGACAGGGUACGUGUGUGUGAGAGUGUCUGUGACAGGGUAUGUGUCUGUGAGAGUGUCUGUGACACCCCACCCCCAGUGCAUUAGGUGACCUGCCCCACCCAGAUGCACAGGGGAAAAGAACCACUCCCCCAAAAUAGGGGCUAGUGGAAGUGGCAGGACUGGGGGGCGAGUGAAGUCAGUAUUUAAUGUGAGUUGUAGAGGGGAGAGGAAGAGAAAAGGAGAUAAAUGCAAAGAAGGAAAAAAAACAAAGACAGGAUUGUAUUUAUAUAUGAUGGUUGUGGAUGAUAGGAGUCGUAAUUGUCAAAAAAAAAUUAGUGAAUAAAAAAUGAUCACACAUAUACACUGCUCAAAAAAAUUAAAGGAACACUGAAAACACAUCAGAUAUCAAUGGGGAAAAUAUAUAUAUAUAUAUACUGAAGUAGACUGGGUAAUGUGUUUGGAAUGAAAGGAUGCCACAUCGUUUAAUGGAAAUGAAAUUUCCAUGGGGGCGGAAUGGUGGUGCAGUGGUUAGCACUGUUGCCUCACACCUCUGGGACCCGGGUUUGAGUCUCUGCCUGGGUCACAUGUUUGUGGAGUUUGCAUGUUCUCCCCAUGUCGUCGUGGGGUUUUCUCCGGGUACUCCUGUUUCCCCCCCAAAAACAUGCUGAGGCUAAUUGGAGUCGCUAAAUUGCCCAUAGGUGUGCAUGUGUGAGUGACUGAUGCGUGAGUGUGCCCUGCGAUGGGCUGGCCCCCCAUCCUGGGUUGUUCCCUGCCUCGUGCCCAUUGCUUCCGGGAUAGGCUCCGGACCCCUCGCGACCCAGUAGGAUAAGCGGUUUGGAAAAUGGAUGGAUGGAUGGAAAUUUCCAUGAAAACCUACAGUGGGCUGAAUUCAGAGACACCCCGAAAAUCAAAGUGAAAAAUGAUGCAGCAGGCUAGUCCAUUUUGCUGAAAUUUCAUUACAGUAACAGUAUCAUACUCAGUAGUUUGUAUGGCCCCCACGUGGUUGUAUGCAUGCCUGACAAUGUCGGGGCAUGGUCCUAAUGAGACCACGGAUGGUGUCCUGGGGGAUCUCCUCUCAGAUCUGGACCAGGGUAUCACUGAGCUUCUGGACAGUCUGAGGUGCAACCUGGUGGCAUCGAAUGGACGAAACAUAAUGUCCCAGAAGUAUUCUAUUGGAUUUAGGUCAGGCGAGCGUGGGAGGCAGUCAAUGGUAUCAAUUCCUUCAUCCUCCAGGAACUGCCUACAUGCUCUUGCCACAUGAGGCCGGGCAUUGUCGUGCACCAGGAGGAACCCAGGACCCACUGCACCAGCGUAGGGUCUGACAGUGGGUUCAAGAAUGUCAUCCUGAUACCUAAUGACAGUCAAGGUGCCGUUGUCUAGCCUGUAGAGGACUGUGCGUCCCUCCAUGGAUAUGCCUGCCCAGACCAUCACUGACCCACCACCAAACCGGUCAUGCUGAACAAUGCUGCAGGCAGCAUAACGUUCUCCAUGGCUUCUCCAGACCCUUUCACGUCUGUCACAUGUGCUCAUGGUGAACCUGCUCUCAUCUGUGAAAAGCACAGGGUGCCAGUGGCAGAUCUGCAAAUUCUGGUAUUCUAUGGCAAAUGCCAAUCGAGCUCCAUGGUGCUGGGCAGUGAGCACAGGGCCCACUAGAGGACAUUGGGUCCUCAGGGCACCCUUAUGAUGUCUGUUUCUGAUUGUUUGGUGAGAAACAUUCACACCAGUGGCCUGCUGGAGGUCAUUUUGUAGAGCUCCAGCAGUGUUCAUCCUCUUCCUCCUUGCACAAAGGAGCAGAUACCGGUCCUGCUGAUGGGUUAAGGACCUUCUAUGGCCCUGUUCAGCUCUCCUUGAAUAACUGCCUGUCUCCUGGAAUCUCCUCCAUGCCCUUGAGAUUGUCCUGGGAGACACAGCAAACCUUCUGGCAAUGGCACGUAUUGAUGCGCCAUCCUGGAGGAGUUGGACUACCUGUGCAACCUCUGUAGGGUACAGGUAUCGCCUCAUGCUACCAGUAGUGACACUGACCGUCGCCAAAUGCAAAACUAGUGAAAAAACUGUCAGAAAAGAUGAGGAGGGAAAAAUGCCAGUGGCCCCCACCUGUUAAACCAUUCCUGGUUUGGGGGUCGUCUCAUUGUUGCCCCUCUAGUUCACCUGCUGAUAAUUUCAUUAACACUAAAGCGGCUGAAACUGAUUAACAACCCCCUCCGCUACUUAACUGACCUGAUCAAUAUCCCAGAAGUUUAAUAGACUUGACGCUAUACUCUGAUUAAAAAGUGUUCCUUCAAUUUUUUAGCAGUAUAUAUUAAUACAUAUAUAUGAAUGUCCAUACAUACACAGACACACUUUCAUACAUAUCUGUAAUGAUUGAAACAUACAAUACAUGAAUCAAACAGUAAUAAUAAUAAUUAAUAAAAAUAACAGCAAAAAAGUAAGGGGGCGGUGGGCGUUGAGGUAGCUUUUAUUCACAAAAUAGUUUGCUGCAAACAUACAUCCAACCAUCCAUUUUCCAAACCGCUUAUCCUACUGGGUCGCUGGGGGUCCGGAGCCUAUCCCGGAAGCAAUAGGCAAAAGGUAGGGAACAACCCAGGAUGGGGGGCCAACCCAUCGCAGGGCACAUUCACAUACCAGUCAGGCAAUUUAGCUACUCCAAUUAGCCUCAGCAUGUUUUUGGACUGUGGGGGAAACCGGAGUACCCGGAGAAAAUCCCACAACGACAUGGGGAGAACACGCAAACUCCACACACGUGACCCAGGUGGAGACUUGAACCUGGGUCCCAGAGGUGUGAGGCAACAGUGCUAACCACUGCACCACCUUGCCGCCCCCAGCAAACAUACAAACAACCAGAAUUCUAGAAAAGUUCUUUAUAUUUGAAUGAAAUAAAUAAAACACUUUCAAAUCAAAUGAGCCUAUAUUUUAUUCACAACAGAACAUAGAUAAUAUUACAAAUGUUCAAAGGCCGAAGACCUGUAUUGGAUGCCCGUGGUCUUCGGGCCCUCAGACGACUCUGCAUCACUCAUCGGCAUGAUUGUGUCAAUGACAUUACUAAAUGGGCCCAGGAAUACUUCCAGAAAGCACAGUCGGUAAACACAAUCCGCCGUGCCAUCUGCAGAUGCCAGCUAAAGCUCUAUCAUGCAAAAAGGAAGCCAUAUCUGAACAUGGUCCAGAAGUGCCGUCGUGUCCUGUGGGCCAAGACUCAUGUGAAAUGGACUGUUUCAAAGUGCCCACGACCCAGUAGGAUAAGCGGUUUGGAAAAUGGAUGGAUGGAUGGAUGUUUCAAAGUGGGAAAGUGUUCUAUGGUCAGACGAGUCCAAAUGUGACAUUCUUGUUGGUAAUGAAGGGCGCCGUGUCCUCCGGGCUAAAGAGGAGGGAGACCUUCCAGCGUGUUAUCAGCGUUCAGUUCAAAAGCCAGCAUCUCUGAUGGUAUGGGGGUGCAUAAGUGCAUACGGUAUGGGCAGCUUGUGUGUUUUGGAAGGAACUAUGGAUGCUGAAAGGUAUAUAAAGGUUUUAGAGCAACACAUGCUCCCCUCCAGAGGACGUCUGUUUCAGGGAAGGCCUUGUGUAUUUCAGCAGGACAAUGCAAAACCACAUACUGCAGCUAUUACAAGCACAUGGCUUCGUCGGAGAAGAGUCCGGGUGCUGAAUUGGCCUGUCUGCAGUCCAGAUCUUUCACCUAUAGAGAACAUGCAGUAAUUACCUGUAACACCCAUGGUGCACUGUGAGCAGGUAUACAGGCCCACAGAGCAUGCAGAUAAUUAUCUGUGACACCCAUGGUGCACUGUGAGCAGGUAUACAGGCCCACAGAGCAUGCAGAUAAUUAUCUGUGACACCCAUGGUGCACUGUGAGCAGGUAUACAGGCCAACAGAGCAUGCAGAUAAUUAUCUGUGACACCCAUUGUACACUGUGAGCAGGUAUACAGGCCCACAGAGCAUGCAGAUAAUUAUCUGUGACACCCAUGGUGCACUGUGAGCAGGUAUACAGGCCCACAGAGCAUGCAGAUAAUUAUCUGUGACACCCAUGGGGCACUGUGAGCAGGUAUACAGGCCCACAGAGCAUGCAGAUAAUUAUCUGUGACACCCAUGGUGCACUGUGACCAGGUAUACAGGCCCACAGAGCAUGCGGAUAAUUAUCUGUGACACCCAUGGUGCACUGUGAGCAGGUAUACAGGCCCACAGACCAUGCAGAUAAUUAUCUGUGACACCCAUGGUGCACUGUGAGCAGGUAUACAGGCCAACAGAGCAUGCAGAUAAUUAUCUGUGACACCCAUUGUACACUGUGAGCAGGUAUACAGGCCCACAGAGCAUGCAGAUAAUUAUCUGUGACACCCAAGGUGCACUGUGAGCAGGUAUACAGGCCCACAGAGCAUGCAGAUAAUUAUCUGUGACACCCAUGGUGCACUGUGAACAGGUAUACAGGCCAACAGAGCAUGCAGAUAAUUAUCUGUGACACCCAUGGUGCACUGUGAGCAGGUAUACAGGCCCACAGAGCAUGCAGAUAAUUAUCUGUGACACCCAUUGUACACUGUGAACAGGUAUACAGGCCCACAGAGUAUGCAGAUAAUUAUCUGUGACACCCCUUGUACACUGUGAGCAGGUAUCAGUACUGACUACUUUUUAUAUUGAGUCACAUGUUUUAUGUGAAUUACUUUCACAUAUUAGUACUGAACUGAAGGCCAGUAUUUGUCACUGUGAAUAUGUUGUUGCAGACGUCCAUCCAGAAAUCAGAGCUGGGGGAAAAGAUAAGGUCCUUAUUCCAAUUAAUUUUUGGUACAAAUAUCAAUGUGUCUGUCGCAGAUGAAGGAUUAUAUAUUCUAGAGGUUUCUUUUUAUUUUUAAGUUGCAGAAUGUUGUCUCAUCUGAGGAGGAUUCAGUGUAUUAUGUGUGAGGUUCAUUUUGGUUUUGAUGCUGGAUUCAGUUAGUAAAUAUUAGAAAAAUUACAUAUUCUCAACUCGUAUUUAUGGAUUAAGUCUUCGAAUGUCAUGAAAUGACUGUUACUGAGAAGGAGGUGUAGAUGUGUAAUCCCUUUCUGUCCCCGUGAGUGAUAGUGAAUAGUGAUAUUGUGAAGUAGGAAGUCCAGAUUAUUCCAGAUUGGCGUGUAUUUACAGGGUCUGAGAGUACAGUUAGUGAUUUUAAUGGCUUUCCACUGGGCUGUCAGUGCUGUGGAAAUGGCAGCACUGUGUUGUUAAAGCAGUUUUGUUUCUUUAAUGACAUUUUGUUUGUCUGCAUGUCUGAGAUUUUUACAGUACAGCUGCUCCUGCUGUAACCAUGAGCUGCUGUUACUGCUGUAGUGUGACCAUUUAGUUAAGUCUUGCAGUUGAUUUGCUAAGUAAUAAUUAAGAAAAAUGAGCUUGUAAUCCACCUUGAGAUUUACUUUUCUGUAAUGUGGAAUGUUUGAUUUUGUGUUUUUGUUUUUCCAGCAAAAAUGUGGCAUUAAUGAGUUAAGAGUUUGAAAGAAUUUUUCUGAAAUUAUUCUGGACGAGUAAUUUUAUUUUUAUUGAUUGAAGUGGGAGACUCAUCUAUUGUUUUGAGUAAGGGGGUGUAGUUGAGGGUAACCAAGUCAGAGAGCCUGUGG